UACAUUUCAUGAGUUCACUCUCGAAAAGUCAAUGAAGCGUUUGCGCAGACAGCGAACGCGAACACAAAAGAAAAUGCACGAUGUUGCUGCCCCUGGCUGCAGACUUACACUUUUGGACGUUGAACGCGUUCGGCUUGGGUUUCCCCAGUUGUUAGCACUUGCGGGAUGGCAAUUAAGUGCCAGGGCUGCACAGUCGCACAACAGCGUUUUGGCAUUCUUUUGCCCGCUAAAUUGCCAGGGCUGCAAAAAUGGAUGCGUUCAGCUAGCAGCAACAAAGAGUGAUUUUUCGAUGAGUGGUUGUCUUAUCGAUAAUUUUACUGUUUAUCAUAGUAAAAUCAAAAUUCCUGGUGAAAUAAACCCCAUUCAUGAUCUUUUUUAAUAACA